UACUACGUGUCCCAAGCAUCCAUGGUGUUGGUGGGCAGCAUCGUGGAUCAGGAAAUGCAGUUCGGUGAGCCCAGUCAGCAGUUUGUGAAGGAUUCAAUUCGGCUGGUGAAAAGAUGCACCAAACCCGAUAGAAAAGAAUUCCAGAAGAUUGCCAUGGCAACAGCAAUAGGAUUUGCUAUAAUGGGGUUCAUUGGUCUUUUUGUGAAAUUGAUCCAUAUCCUCAUUAAUAACAUCAUUGUGGGUGGCUGAAUACCUUUUUAGAAGAGGGUUUUUCAUCUUGGAGACUGGUCAACAAGAGAAGAUUUUUGAGAAGCUUGUGGAG